UUGAAUAUAUCCAUGAGAUUAUUUAGUGUCCAUUUUGUUAAAUAUACCGAUUAGUAAACAGCCCGCGUUGAUCUGUAAGUUUCUCGUCAUCCUCAGCAUUCUGACAUCAUGGACCCCUUGAAUCGAGAUCCAAAUGAUAUCAAUGAUCACUUGAAGGUUCAAUUUGAAGAUGUUUUGGCCGAACCUGAUGGCGCAAGAAGUUUUGAAUGCUGUUGGAAUUGUUCCAGAUUAUGCUUCAAUUGCAGUAAAGGCUGUUGCUAUAAAUUCCUCACGCUGAUCUGUGCUCUGCCUUUCGCGUUAUGUUGGGGUUGUUCGUUCGCCAUGAUCACAUUCCAACACGUAUGGCAUUUCACUCCCCUUCUGAGAGCCUGGAUGAUAAACCUUGGUUGUAUGCAGAAGUGUUUUGGAACCCUGGUCAACUGUUGUUUGGCACCUAUCUGUGAAGCGUGUGGUUUAAUGUUUAGUACGAUCCACGUCAGACAAAUAAACGACAGUAACAUUAAAUCGUGAACCUUGGACUAAAUCAGAAUCAACCAAUAACUAACACUUUCACCAUCUUCCGCCUUUACAAAUGUGCCAAGUUUCUGAUUUAUAUCUUUUUCGUAGAAUAUGAAGAUGUCUCGAAUAAAUUUUUCUUCAAUUUAUUUGAAUAACAAUAUAGUAAAAACCUGAUUAUAUACUAUGUUCGAAAGCCAAUAAUAUCACAAUGUCUACAUAUCGCUAAAAACAAAAUGCCACUCGCUGGAACUUGAUAAUAAUCUUUAAGUGGCAUUUAGUGAUUGGGGAACACAAUAACAGAACACAAUUUUUAUGGGAAACAUUCGCUGGUUUUACUAAAUGUCAUUGUGCUUGAUAACGAUAAGAGGAUAUGUUUCCCAUAAAAAUUGUGUUCUGUUAACUUAUGAUAAUGUCUAUAUACUUUUUAUUCAUUCCAGUUAUCUCUGUAUCGUCCUUGUUGAAAUAAUGACGCUUCAACACGAGCCGAUGUUUCAUUUUACGAUCUUGUUUUUUUUAUCAAAGAAUAAUGUCUAUCUGUAAAAUAUAAUAAAAAAUUAAA